AUGUCAUUCUACCACGUAUCCUCGUCACGCGCGCUCCUGAUCACUACCGAGCGAUGGACCGCCCAAAGUCGCCUGUCGAGUCCUCAGGAUCUGUACACCAGCCGUCGGAGUCAAGCCAACUGCCAGAGUCCUAGUCGUGGAGACCAACCCAGCGUAGAGCUAAAUGUUGCGGGCCUACGAGGCCAUCAGCACCGGCAAGAGGAGGAAGAGCAAUACACCUGCCGCGCAAUCAUCAUCGUCAAAAAAGACAGAAGCUCCCCGUUGGCAGUCAGGCUGCCGCAACACCGCGAUUCUCUGCUGCCUUCCUUUAGCGAACUGCCAGAUUUCAUUCGCCCACGUUUCUGUUCUCUCUCCAAGCGUCUUGCCAAACUGAUCGCCGGACACGAAAGGGUGAGCAAUCAGCUGCCUGGUGUCACAUUUCUCAACCACGGCGCCCAUGAUUCUGGGCCCUGGGUCUCUGAUCUGGUGGGACUCAAGACCACUUUCGAGCUGUACACAUGGCUGGAUCGCGAUGCUAACCAUCCCUGCAGUGGAGAGUGGCCUGCCCCCUCUCCAGACUCUAUACGGACAAAAGAAGGGCCUUUCCAGCCAUCGCGAACAUCACCAAUGCAACCCUCAGAGUCAACCAAAUCUUCCCUGGGUUACAAGCGCUCCGCACCCGGGACGCUGCUGCACAAGAAGACCACCCGACUGGUCCCCGCCGCUCGCAUAUCCUCUGUCAGUCUAGAUGAAAUUGAUGCUGCUGGAUCUUACAUCGCAACCAUCUCCCGGCUCUUGACGUCCUUCCCAGAAAGAUUCCCCGAGAAUUCAGUGGCAGUAGGGUCAAACAAUUUCUGGGAGCACAGUCAUAACAACUGGCAAGCUGCUAUAGUUUUGUUUCAAGCAUUCAGCAAUCGACAAUCACGGCAGCAAGCCCACCCCGUCAGCCCGAAACCAAAGCAUGCCGGGUGGUUUGGCCGCAUCACUGGCAGACUCGAAGAGAUGGCGGCAGCCUCUGACUUCAAGGUUUUUCCACAAUUGUCGCAACCUUCUGCCAACGACAAGCCCACCAAAGACGACGACUUGACUCAAGGCGACCACGUCAAUGACUCCAUUGCGCAGGCUAUGUCCCAGAUGAACCAGACCACCAACCUUGCCGCCGAGCUCAAGGGGCGGCCGGGCGUUGUGUACACGCCACUUGACCCAGUUCAAUUGAACCCGCUCAGAGUCUGGCUAUGGAAGAUCCCCAACGUGCGAUACGACAGUCACUCGGACGUUAGUAAAAGCUUCCUGGAGGCAGCAACUGCGGUGGGCACGAGGGCCGCCGGAUUAGGCGAAGUCAGCAUGGGAGAGGAACAUCAACUCAUCCGCGAGCAAGUCCUUCGCGAGGAGCAUCCCCAAGCAACCUCUAGCAAGGAAUCCCUCCAACAGGGCCCCGAUGAUGUCGCGUUUGAGAUCUUGCGCAUGAUACGCCAUCUGAUGGGUACUUUCCUUCCCAAAGGUACGGACCUCGAGGCCCUCUACCGGGAGAUGAGUUGA